GAGGAGCCGAAUGAGGGUUUUGUAUGUCAAAGAGCCUGGAUACAUGUUGUGACAAAGAUUUCAGUCUUAACAGACACAAUGGCACCUAAAAAUAUUGCCAUUUUCGGGGCAACUGGAAUGACUGGAUCUGUGACACUGGCACAAGCUUUGAAUGCAGGUAAUGGCACACUGAUUCUGGGAUACAAUGUAAAUGUUCUGGUGAGAGACCCAGCCCGCCUCCCAUCUGGACAAAAUCCGACCACAGUCACAGUUGGAGACGUACUAAAUAAAAAUGAUGUUCUGAAGACACUUAAGGGACAGGAAGCUGUAGUGAUUGUAUUGGGAACAAGGAAUGACCUAGGGCCCACCACCAUGAUGUCAGAGGGGACUCAAAAUAUUGUGGAGGCAAUGAAAUUGCUUGGAAUUCGCAAAGUGGUGGCUUGCAUGUCAUCUUUUCUGCUGUGGGACAUAGCCAAGGUCCCACCUACUUUGUUGCCAGUAACAGAGGAUCACAUACGAAUGCACCAAGUUCUUAAGGACUCAGGCCUGGAUUAUGUGGCUGUGCUGCCUCCACAUAUUGCAGCUGACAAGCCAUUUACUGGAGAGUACACAGUGACAGUCGGAACCCGUGGUGGCAAUGUGAUAUCCACACAUGACCUUAGUCAUUUCUUCCUUCAGUGUCUGACAACAAAUGAAUAUAAUGGGAAAAAUGUCACUUUAUCCCGGGACUAUUCUAACUUGUAAUACUUUUUCUGUAGCAAAAACAACGCUGGCAGAAGUGUGAGGUGAUGCCAGUUUUAUUUGUCCUAAUAACUAAACAUUUCAAGUGCAUUUAUGUAUUUCUUUUUUUAGAAAUGUUUGUUUUUUUCUGAUAUUUCACAACAUACAUUUGUGGUUUAAGACAAAUCCUAUUUUCUUUUUAAAUAAAUUGUAAUGUCAUGAUUUUUCUCAAUA